CGUUGUGAAAGCAAAAACAGAGCAACAACAAUGUCGCGAUUUGCUUUAAAUCGUUGUUAUAGCCGUUAUCUCUCGCGCCUUAAGCCAUUGACGACGCCUCCGUUUUUCUCUUCCUCUGCUGCGUCGAAUCGAGAUGGCGAGUAUCAGACCGGACCGCCACCGAUCCGAGUCGGACUCACAGAGUCAGCGGGUCGAGCUGUUUUCGCAACGCGUAUAAUUGGUGCCGGAGAUCUCAUACACACGGCCAAACCCGUCGUAGCUUUCCCUUCUCUUUUAAAGCUCGACUCUGUUUGCUAUCUUUGCCUCAAGAAACUCAUGGGUUCUGCUAAAUUUGAAGAUCGUGGAGUCUCUUAUUGCAGUCAAGAGUGCCAAGAGAACUCAAAGGGUUUUUUGGAUGUCGAAAGAAGAGCAGAUUGGUCAAGUUUUGUUGAGUAUUGUAGGACGCACAACUUCAAGUACCCGCUUAUGGUCAAGAGGUUGUGUUGUAUGAUAAUAUCAGGUGCUCUGUCCGCUGACUGUCUUGAUAUACUUCAACCAGCUGUUUUAUCUUCUGAGAUGAUUUCAAAAAUAGAAGACGGUUAUGUUUUAUUAUGGAAUGCCUUCAGGAAGGCAAAUUUCAAGGAUGAUGAUGUUUCUUUUCUAACUAAACAAUGGUAUACGGCUAUACUUGCACGGAUUCGUAUCAAUGCAUUUCGUAUUGAUCUGGUUGGAGGCUCAUGUGGCGAAGACCUUCUGUCACUGGCUGCAGCCUCUGUUGAAGGUGAAGGUGCAGUUGGCCAUGCCGUUUAUAUGCUACCAUCCUUCUACAAUCAUGACUGUGAUCCCAAUGCGCACAUAAUAUGGUUGCAGAAUGCAGAUGCAAGGUUGAACACUCUACGUGAUGUCGAAGAAGGUGAAGAGCUUCGGAUAUGUUAUAUAGAUGCAAGCAUGGGAUAUGAGGCGCGUCAAACAAUACUCUCUCAAGGGUUUGGCUUCCUCUGCAACUGCUUACGCUGCCAGUCCGCUGACUGACUGAUUAACUCUUCCUCUCCUGGCCAUCUUCACUUUUCAUGUAUUUUAUGUAAUAUAAGUGAGAAAACGAGGAUUUAAGAAAAUAACAAAAGAUGU